GAGCAGAGCUGCAACACUGACGCCAGGGAAGGGAGCAGACCCCCAGACUGAGAGACCGCGAUGGGUAAGAAAAAUCGCCUCACAGGAGGAGCGGUCGGUCGGAGAACGAUCCUACAGCUUUCACCUCCCGGGCUCCGUGGUGGGAAUGCCGGAGAGAGGGAAGAAGCACCCUCGGGAUCCGAUGAUGAACAGGAAGGUGAUGGGCUCAGAUUCGUAAGAGAGAGACUCACAAACAUGAAGACUCCCGCAGUAAAGGCCACAGAGGGUUUGUCCUUGCUUGGAGCCUAUGAUGAUAGUGAUGAAGAGGAUGCUGGAGACUCCCAGAAUUUUAUUGCAAAGUCAGCUGACAUAGACAGUACAUUGGCCAAUUUCAUGGCUGAAAUUGAUGCAAUCACUACCCAGCCAAGUUCAGAUGAUGCAGCAUCUCAUCCAUCGGCCCCGACUACCACCCCGCCCAGACCUGAGGUUAAUGCUCAGCAGCCAGCAGCCAGUGAAGAACGGAGCCAACAAAGCAAAGCCUUUGAGUACAAUACUCAGUACUCGCUUGAUGGAGUGGAUGUCGAGAUGGGAGACUGGCAGGAGGUGUGGGAUGAGAACUCUGGCUGCUACUACUAUUGGAGUACUCAGACCAACGAAGUGUCCUGGGAAUUGCCACACUAUCUAGCUGAUCAGGUGCAAAGGCUGGGGCAGUAUGCCAACAGCUCUAGUGUCAAUGGCAACGGUGCAGCGCAUGCAGAUGGUCAUGCCAAGGAAUAUGCUGCACCUGCUGCAGCCCCGCCAUCAGUGAAAGAGAACAAAGUGAAGGAGGUAAUUGAGAGUGUUGUAGGCCUCACAAGUGAAGAGGAGGAGCGCCGUGGAGUGGCUGCGUCUCUGCUUGGUCCUCUGAUCCCUUCUGAAGUGAAGGAAGCAGAAGAAAAAUGGAGAAAGAAACUGCUUAAAGGCUUGGAUGAGCCUGAGGACAGUUUGGAUUCUGAUGGAGAAGGUGUUCGCCCUUCAGGAUCCCCCUCUAGCCCUCUGUCGGACCCUGACCCAGUCCCCACAGUCCAGAAGGAUCUUUGCGCCAAGAAGCAGUCUGGAGACAACUCUGAUGCUGAGGAGGAGACGGAGGAAGACACAAUGGAGCUGGAACUGGCUCUGGAGAGGAAAAAGGCUGAGCUCCGGGCACUAGAGGACGGUGACGUGAGCGCAGGAGGCUCCAGUCCUUCUUCUGAGACAAGCCAAGAAGCCUCUGUUUCUCGUGGCCUUCUGCUAAAGAAAAACCGGUGGAAGACUGCCUUCCCCAGUGCUCCCAGCCCCGAGUCGAACAGCAGGGGCUCGGACCUACAGGACAACACAGAGACGGCAAUUGCUAAAGUCCUAGAGAGCGUUGCGGACGGAGAAGACAAGGAAACUGACAGUUCUGAGGAGAAAACGAUUUCAAAACUUCCAGUAAAAGAAGAAGUGGAAUCACCUGAGCCCAAAGUAGAAACGCCUGAGCUCAAGUUUCAGAUUGGAGAACUGGCUAACACCCUAACCAGCAAGAUGGAGUUCCUGGGGAUAAACAAAAAGGCCAUCUCAAACUUUCAGUUUCUUCUGCUACAAACUGAGACUCGGAUUGCUGACUGGAGGGAGGGCGCUCUGAAUGGGGUCUAUCUUCGCCGCAGGCUUCAGGAAGCUGCCGAACACAUAAAAUAUUACGAACUUAACGCCACUCCUAAAGGCUGGUCCUGCCACUGGGACAGAGAGCACAGGCGGUAUUUCUAUGUGAACGACCGGACCAGUGCCUCCCAGUGGGAUUUCCCAAAAGAGGACGACAAGGCAGAUGACCCAAACGGCAGUCAAGAUACCCAGACACAGUCUUCCAGUCAAGAGGACACCAACACAUCACCUGCAUCUGCUGGUGGUGUCGUCACAGGAUCUUCUAUUUUUCCCUCCACUGCCCCACCAGCACCUCCUCAGCCCAGUGCCUCCUCCCUCUGCUCCCCAUCUCAACCUCCUCUUCCUGACAGCCCACCCCCACCUCCACCUUCCAGCCACCCCCCACCUCCACCUCUCCCCCCAGGCUCACCACCUCCACCUCCUCCCCCUCCUGACAGCGAUGGAGAGAUCAUGGAGGUGGAGAUGGAAAUGGAUGAUGAUGAUGACGGGGAGCCUCCAGCCCCUGGAACAGAGUUAGAUGGCAGUGGCAGACCUCCUUUACCUCCAGGCACUGCAAGCGUGAAGAUACUGGAGUCGUCGGGCGCCUUCGGGAAGGGUCAGAAACGUAAAGCCAGUCAGCUGAGUAAAGCCAUUACUAUUGGCAGCAGUCCAAUCCUCUACACCCAGCCUGCUUUCAGUGCAGCGCCUCUAAUGUCUGCAGCUGCCUACUGGGGCGUCCCGGCUGUCCCGGCUCCUUUGGUCCCUUGUGAACCUCCUGUCCCACCUGUCCCGGCCCUACCUCCUCAACCACCACUGCCACCAUCCCAGCCGCCGUUAGAACCUCCAGGAGCCAAAGCUCUGCCCACAGACAAGAACAAGAAAGUGAAAAAGGAUAAGUCAAAGAAGAGUAAGAUCAAAAUGCCUUCUCUGGUGAAGAAGUGGCAGAGCAUCCAGAAGGAGUUGGAUGAGGAAGAGAAGAGCAGCUCCAGUGACGAGGACCGAGAUCAGCUUAACAAAAGGGGUAUCGAGGACUGGAAGCAACAGCAGCUCACGACGGGAAAAGCUUCGAAGAAUGCCAACUUUGAGUCACUUCCUGAUAACUGGCGGGACCGACUAAAGAAACGGAAGAUAACUAAUAAAACGUAACGCCCAUCCUGGAUCCCUGGCAACCUUUUUUUCUUUUUUCUUUUUUUAAAUCCACUCCAACCAUUACUAUAAGGUCAUUCUACCCCAGCUCAAGUUUUGUUUAAUGAUCUAUGGGGUUUCUUUACCGUUGUCCUUGUCCAUGAUGGAAACAUUGAGAGGCCAUUCAUCAGAGGAGUUUAAAUGUCCGUUUCUGGUUUUUGUAGCCAAUAUUGUAAAUGUGCCAAAAGACUUGAGUUCAUCAGAAAUACUUCUCCACCAUUUUGUAUAGACUCCAUGUAGAUGACCACCACAGUUUGUUUGGAGGGAUUGUCUAUUUUAUUGAGCAUUUUUACAACUGUGUACAUAUAAUGUAUAAUGGGAUAAGCCAUGUUUUUGGAAGGGGAGGGGUCACUAAACUUGUACAUUUUGUAAAAAGUUAUUAAACUGUUUUUCCAAAAACC